UGCAAUUCGUCUCCAAUUGCUACCAAUACAACACCAGCCAGCAAUCUUCUAGCCUGUGAAUAUUUGGUAGCAGCCUCCAACGACCUCGUAAAACGGUUAAAACAGUUUAAUAAUAUAGUUAAUAAUAAUACAAAUCGAUAACAUUAAAAAAACAUCAAAAAAAUACAUAAAGAGAACAUAAAAAACAAGUUACAAAUUACAAAAUCAGGCAGGAAAAAAAAGUGCAGUGAAAAAGUAAGGCAGAGAAAGAGAGACGGAGACAGAGAUAGAUAUAUACCGUAACAUAAACAUCAAUCACAAGCAGCAAACAAAGCAAACUUAAAGAAGUUGAACUUUUUUUAUUGGCCUACCGCAUCAGGAUAAACUGCUAGCUUUUCCUAAGGCCGGUUUGAAAGCCCUCAUCAAAAUUCUCGGCAUAAAUAGCAACUCGAUUUACAGCGCUUUAAUAAACACACAACACAAUAUAAACAAGCUAAGCCGUACAACUACACAAACAGCAACAACACAAAACAGAAAUCUGCCGAUUAUGUUCGUUAACUCAAUGACGUUCCGUGGAAAUCCGGCUGCGAGCCAUCACUACCACCAGCAGCAGUCGGCUCUAAACCAUCAUGCAUCUCUGGCAGCAGCAAAUGAAAAGUGUCCCGUUUUUAUUGCACCCCAUCAUGCCAGCCAGCAGGCCCAAUUGCACCAUCCGGCUGCACACACUGGACAAGCCGGACCUUUAGGCCAUCACCUAAGUGCCCACACUGGGCAUCAUGCGGCAGCUGCUAAUAAUAAUUUAAAUCAUUUGGCCGGUAGCCAUUUAAAUCGUACACCUCAUGCCCCCAUGGGCUUGGGAACUGGAAAUAUUACUUCGAUUUCUCCCCACCUAUCUGCUGGGAGCACUUCCUCUGGCAGUGCUUCUAGUACCAAUUCUCCCGAUGGUGGUAAAAUCUACAUCAAAAACUUGGAACGUUCUAUUGAUAAUAAGGCCAUGUACGACACGUUCUCGGUCUUUGGCAACAUACUCAAUUGCAAUGUGGCCAAGGAUGAACAUGGCAAUUCUCGUGGCUAUGGGUUUGUUCAUUUCGAUACAGAGGAUGCCGCUCGUGUGGCUAUUGAGAAAGUUAAUGGAAUGUUGUGUAACAACCAAAAGAUUCAUGUGGUUAAGUAUAUACCACGUCGUGAUCGGGAACAGGAAAAGGCAACUCAAUUCCGGAAUUUAUAUGUAAAGAAUUUCAACGAAGACUUUUCGGAACAACAUAUGAGAGAGAUGUUUGAACCAUUUGGUCGCAUAACAAGCCACAAGAUAAUGACUGAUGAAGAAGGCCGCUCCAAGCGUUUUGGUUUUGUGGCUUUUGAAAAUCCCCAAUCGGCUCUGGCAGCUGUCAUUGCAUUGAAUGGCAAACAAUUGGGUGACAAGUACCUUUAUGUGGCUCGAGCUUUAAGCAAAAUCGAGCGUCAACAAGAAAUCAAUCGCAAAUUGGAAGAACGCAAAAGACAGAAACCAGGUCAAGUAUUUUAUUACUAAAAACAACACGGCAUACAGCAUUUCUUCAUGCGAAAGUUGAAAAAAAAGAGAAAAACAAAAACAAAAAUCUUAAUAUUUAUCUUAACAAAAAAACAAAAAAAAAAAUAAUAAAAACCAACAUUAAUAUUUCACUAUAACACACACUAUGCAACAACACACUAUACUUAAAUGUAUUGUAGAAAUUUUAAACCCGAUUAAAAACCAUAAAAUUUACAAAAGGAAAAACAUGCAAACAAACAAAAAAAAACACAUAUGAAUAUUUUUGAAAUCUAGAGUAAAGUUUUAAGGAAUACAGAAAACAAAAAUUACAACAAAAAAAAAUACAACAUAUUGCUUAAAUGUUAAAUAAUUGUAAUAGUACUACUAAAAAGAAAACCACAAAAGAAGAACAACAAAAAAGAACAGAAAAGAAAAGAAAAACCUACACAACAUAAGCUUUUUUAGAAAGGAAAUAGAAGCAAAACAUUUAUUUCAUUGUAUUAAUGAAAGGAGUGGAGCUCCUUAUACACACACACUCUCACAGGAUAUUUUAUGCACUUUUACGAUGAAUGCAAAAAAAAUUAUUUUCUCAUACAUUAAACAAAAACAAAAAAUAAAAUAAAAAAAAAAAAACAAAAACCAAUAAUGAAAUGAAACCACAAAAUAAACAAAAAUCUAUGAAAAAGAAGACAAAACAAAACAACCAACUAAGUUCAGAAAGAAACAAAAAUUAGUUUAUAAUUUAACAAAACAAAAAGCAGAAAACAAAAAGAAAUAAAUGUAUUAGCAAAAAGAUUAAAACAAAAACAACUUUUUUAAGUAUUACAAUUUAAACAACAAAACAAAACAAGAAGUGGAAAAAAUUUAAUUAUUUAGUAAAAACAACUGAAAGAAAAAAAGGAAAACAUACAUUAUUAUACAUUUAUAUUGCUUAUAUUAUAAGUCUUGGUUUAAAAAGUGAAAAACAAAAAUUAAAAAAAAAAAAAAAACAAUUUAGUAAACACACACCCACACACUAAUAUUAUGUGUAGAUAAAAUUGCAAAUUGCUUAAAAUUGCAAAUUCGAUGGCAAUUCUUUUUUUUUAUUUUAAGAAAGUCCCUAGAAUUCAAAACAUACUCACAUGCCACAACCCCCCCACACAUAAACAUAAACUUCUAUCUAUAUACAAACCUAUAUACCACAUACAUAAUGUAAUUGAAAUUGCAACAAACUAUAAAUGAAGAUGGAUUAUUGAUUGAGAGAUUGCUUGAGUUGGAAAUUGUCCCAAUAAUAAUGCAAAGAAGGAUAUAUAAAAAAAAAUACAAAAAACAAAAACGAAAAUAAUAACGUGCAAAUAAUAUUGCUUAGCAAUUGUUCUUAUAAUUUUUCCUCAUAUAUAGAGCGUUUGAUAACAAAACAAAAAAAACUAACUUUCUCAUUCAUUUGCAUAAUUGAUUCCAUUCACAAGGAAAUUGAAGAGAAAUCCUAUUUUGGAUCUUGAAUUUUAUUCAUAAUUUUUGUAGUUGCCGACAAUGCCGACACUUUAUCAAUCACCCCAACAGAUAUACAAUACCAAACUAAACUCCAGAGAUAGAUGAACCCAAGGCCAUCCUUCUGGUACGAAGGUGUUACUUAGGCUAUCAUCUGUUGUCGCGUUUGGUAAAAAAUUCUAUGCGAAUUUGUUUUUUUAUAUAUAUAUAUAUAUAUAUGUAUGUAUUUUUUUUUGUUUCAUUUGAAAUUCUUUUAUUUUUAUUUUUUGAUAUUUUUUAUACCCUAUAAUAGGCUGCCAUCAAAAUAUAUACAACAAUUUUUCCCAACAAUUGCAUAAAGAAAAAUGAAAUAAAAUUAAAAAAAGAAAUACAAUAAAAUAUUUUUUUUUUAAUAUUUGCUAUUUUUUUUAUAUAGCAAACACGUAAUUAUUUAAUCAUUAGCAAGAUAAAUAAGUAAACCUACAACCUACACAUAAUACUACACACACCAUCUACUCUACAUACACUUACUUAUAUAUUGAAAUUUCAUUAAAUUAAUAAUACAAUUAUAUUAAAAGAAAAGAAAUUACAAUUCACAAUAAAGAAAAAUAUUGAACAAACAAAAAUAUGUAAAAUUACGAAAGAAUCUUAAUAAACAAAAAAUGCUUUUGCAAAAAGUGUUUAAAAAUUAUAUUAUAAAAUAA